AUGGCGAGCCGCUUGAGCUGCCGACGAUCAACUAUCGGCCCGAGGCACUCGCUGCUGCUGAGACCAUCAGAAGAGGUUCCAACUGAGCUUCGCGGAUUACCAGAAGAUUUGAGCAGGCGCAUUGCCGCAGCAACGUCGGAGUCCGAGCUUCGAGACGUCGCGGGCGAAGUUGUGGAGGAAGCACUCUUACUGUUGGAUCAUCGCGGUUUAAUCAAAGACUUGGACAAGAUUUGGCCGACAACUCGCGCCUGCAAGCAACUGGGCACCUCCGAAGUCUUGACCCUCACAUCCGCGAUCAAGAUGUCCUUAGCCUCCACCCUGCGGGACACAGCUCAGCGCGGGGCCAUGCCACGUCGGAAGGUCUUGGCAUUGUUCAACUUCCUUGCAGAGCUCUGUUGGGCCAACUAUAUGUGCCCAUCCGAGCACGCAAUUCAGAAGGCAAUGCAUUGCCUGCUGGACACGGCCUGGGCUCUUACCGAAUGUGGCAACUCUGAGCCGGCUGGGUGGUAUGUGGAGUCUUGUGCAUAUUUUCUGGCUCGCGUGGGGGAAAUCAUCAUGCUCAAUCCUCUCGAGGUUUUCAACGUCUUAGAUCCACUGUCGGCGAGACUCGCAUCUUUGGCCCGGCAGCUGCCUCGCCGAACAAAGUCCUUUGUUUGGCUGCUUCUCCGCCGUCGAGAAAUGAUGUGGUGA